AUCCUCAUUCCUCCACCGCUUGUAUUUCGUUCAGGGUAUCGGAAAGCUUGUAGAACUUUGUCUUGUUCUCAUGAUAACUUUGCUUCAGCGCAUGAUGAUGUUUUUGCUUCAGCGCAUGUUCCACUCUGUGAUUCCACUGUAAAAACUAAUUAUGAAGGAGAAUGUUACAUGAGUAAUGUACGAGAAAAUAUAAUAUGUGUUGUAUAUUAUUUCAGCAUGACCGGAUUAGAGAGGUAACACAAGAAGGAAUAUAACCAGAUCAAGACUGGGUGCUAGGGUGUACGGUGGACACAGCAGUCUGAGACUUGAUAUGAUGAAAAUUUCACGUGCAAUCAUGACAAGCCACGUUCCUAGCUGCACGACUCUGUUUCUGGCGUUUGCAGUGGCAGCACUGUGUGUGCAACAAGUGAAUUCGUUUGCAAAGAGUGCAGGUAGAUCGUCAUUUCGUCCAUGUACAAACAACGUGACAAACGAAGUCGUUGAUUUGACUGCGGAGUGUGGACUGCCACACAUUCCCAGCGUGACGGCAUCAGCGCCCCCUGCUGUGCAAGAGAAAGCCGUGAGAGACCUAGUCGAACGACUGUUGCCACGGCGCGCUGCAGAGUUUAUCAUCACUGUCGAUCCUACGCUAGGACCCACACAUCAUCUGACCUUCAGCAUUCAGACACUUACAUCUACAAAUGGAUCCGUCCAGGUUUCCAUUGCGGGGACGAGUGGGGUCGCUGCUGCCGGCGGUGUGAAUCACUACCUUAAGUACUUCUGCCACGCGCACAUAUCGUGGUCGGGGGACCAGCUGAAGCUGCCAAUGCCGCUGCCGGAGUUACGUGAGAGGAUUGUUGUGACGUCGCGUGACACGCUGCGCUACUACCAGAAUGUCUGCACGUCCAGUUACACGUUCGUUUGGUGGAACUGGACGCGGUGGGAGCGAGAGAUCGACUGGAUGGCGCUGAAUUCUAUCAACUUACCGCUUGCCUUCACCGGUCAAGAGGAAAUCUGGUACCACGUGUUUACUGGCCUGGGCUUCAACGAGACCGAGUUAGCCGAUUUCUUCACUGGACCGGCAUUCCUGGCAUGGGGUCGCAUGGGAAACAUUCAAGGAUGGGGUGGUCCGUUGCCACGCUCAUGGAUGAAGGCACAGUUCUUACUACAGCGGAAAAUUGUCGAGAGGAUGAGGGAGUUUGGAAUGACUCCUGUGCUGCCAGGUUUUGCCGGUUACGUUCCGAGAGCAACGAAGGAGCGGUUUCCGCAAGCCAACGUGUCAGUGCUUGACCCUAGUGGCUGGGGUCACUUCUAUGACAAGUACUGUUGCACCCUGUUCCUUGACCCUCUGGACCCACUUUUCACCAAGAUUGGCUCAUCAUUCAUCAGGGAAAUGAAAGACUCAUUUGGAGUUGAUCACAUAUACAAUGCUGACCCCCUGAAUGAAAUGGUACCUACAUCACGUGAUCCCAUCUUCCUCGCAAACAUUGGCAAAUCUGUUUACAAAUCUAUGACGGUGGCCGAUCCCAAUGCAAUUUGGCUAGUUCAAGGCUGGAUGUUCUACAGUAGCUCUGAAUUCUGGAAGCCAAAGCAAGCAAAGGCAUUCCUGACGUCUGUACCUCAGGGCAAAAUGUUGGUACUCGAUUUACAGGCUGAGCUUUUUCCACAGUAUCGUCGCCUGGAGUCGUUCUAUGGCCAACCGUUUAUCUGGUGCAUGCUACACAAUUAUGGUGGCGUGUUGGGUAUGUACGGUGCAAUAAACCAGACUGCUGAGGGACCAAGCAAGGCUAGAAUGUUUCCCAACAGCACACUAGUAGGCACAGGUGCAACGCCAGAGGGUAUCUUGCAGAAUGACGUCAUGUAUGAUCUGUUGUAUGAAUUGGGUUGGAUGGAUGGAGUAAACUUGACGGCAUGGGUGCAGCAGUACGCGUGGAGAAGAUACGGAAUGUGGUCGCAGCCACUCGUCCAAGCUUGGCACCUCCUUGCGUCAACUGUUUACAAUUGUCAGAAUAACCUCAGACACCACGGAAAGUACGUAAUUGUUCUGAGACCGUCUCUCAAACGCGUGCAAUUAGUUUGGUACGACGUUCCGCAGUUCCUACAAGCGUGGGACGUCUUUGUUUCAUCUGCUGACGCGUUGAAAAAUGUUUCCACUUUCCGUUACGACCUAGUCGAUACGACCAGGCAAGCCUUGCAACUAAUAGCAGCUUAUCACUAUACAGAACUUGUAGGCGGUUAUAGAUCCUGGUCUAUUCCCACUGUUCAGAAAGCUGGGAGGAAACUUCUCUUGGCACUUGACAAUCUAGAAUUGAUUCUUGGUACAAAUGAGAAAUUCCUGUUAGGUUCAUGGCUUGAAGCAGCAAAAUCGCUGGCUACUAAUGAUCAGGAGAGAGUGCUUUAUGAGUAUAAUGCAAGAGUGCAAGUCACUCUGUGGGGUCCAGAUGGAAACAUCUUAGAUUAUGGAAAGAAACAGUGGGCUGGACUUGUGUCUCAUUACUACAGGCCACGUUGGCAGUUGUUUGUGGAUAUAUUACUGCAAUGCCUCUCGACGGGUAAACACUUCAAUCAGACGGCCUAUAAUGAAGAUGUUUUUAGAAACGUCGAACGGCCUUUUACAUUUGCUAGAAAUAGCUUUCCGAUAGUGCCAACAGGUGACUCUGUGGUGGUCGCCAAGCAGAUUCAUGCACAGAUGGCAGGUUGGCGCAGCAAUGUCAACACGGAGGUUUUUACGAAGAUGUACACAGACUACGAAAAUUGGCGCUUGUUUCUCAGUGAGAAGGACAGAUUUACUGACCUUUUAUAAAAACCCUGCUAGUCGUCAAUAAACUGAUCGCGUGUUGUGGAGAAA